AGCUGCUGCCAGGUUUGCGCGGCUCUGAUUGUGACGCAACUUUAACUUUAGACAUCCGGUCGCGACUGGGUCUUCAUUCUCAAAUUCGGGCAUGGCAGGUCGACCGCCAGAAUAAACGGUCAGCGCUCAGCGCCGUUGCCAGGAUCUCCCAAGAGGCGACAGCACUUUCGGACGCGCUUCUCUGCGCAAGUCUUUCACUCGUUUCCUUUUCAUCCCUGCGGAACUGCGCCUGGGGCACACCGAGACAACGUCAAGCGCAUAGGGGACGAUGAGAUGGAAUAAGGGCCACAUCUACAUUUGAAUCUGCCUGACUUCGACCGCCACUGCGAGGACACGAAAAUAUGACCGUCCGUGUCGUCCCGCCAUUUGCAAGGCUCGAUGAAGAUGACGAUUACGUUCAGUGGGAAGAUAUCCCGGAUGAGCCACCGCGUCAGGGGAUGGUUCGGCGCGUGUCUUCCCACGGUGGCUUCACAACAUGGGUCGAUGCGCGACAAGUGAAAAGACACAGGCGACCAGCAUGGAUGCUGAAGAGAGGUGAUCGUCCAGGCCGGGAACUGGAUCACCUCCGUACUGCUACUCCUGUCAUACCCAAAGCGGUGGGGUUCAGGCCAUAUGGCGGGGACCCCUAUGCCAGAUGGCGACACCUUAUAAAAACUGCGCCUCAUAUUAUGCCUGAUCAUCACCAUACAAUCACCCUAGAGGAGCUAAAUGAGCAACCCCAGGGCGCGCCCACCGAUUUAGAGCAGCAGCUUUCAGCUGUCCAGCCCAAGAGACACAACUGGUUCUUCGUCAACCCCUUACCCCAACUCAUCUUCCGGCUUCUCGUGCUAGGCAGCACUAUUUCAUCGCUAGCUAUGGCUACGGUGCUUUACAGGACACAUUGGUGGUGGAGGUCGACAGAUUCCUAUGAAUUAGCUCAGAGGAGCCAGGUCAUUCUCUCCAUCACAGUCGACUCCUUGUCAAUCCCUUACGUAUUCUACAUGACUUUCGACGAUGUAUUCCGGCCGCCUCUUGGGCUGAGGCGUCCCAUCAUCAAGGUCUCUCUCACCCUCCUGGAUGUACUGUUCAUCAUCCUUAAGGCUGCCAGCACUGCGCUGGCGUUCCAGGCGUUGGAAACAAGUACCCCGACAUUGAAUCAGGCGCUGGUCAGGGCGCUAGCUGCCUGCCUCUUCACAGGAUUGGUGUUUUGGGUUGUGAAUUUUACUAUCAGUCUCUUACGAAUCAUUGAACGACUAGGAGGAAUGGAGAAAGGGAGAAAGAUCCCAUCACCUCAGAAGAAUGGGAAGCGAAAAGGUUAUGUUGUCAACGGCAAGAAUUUUGUCCAGGCAAUAAAGAAGAGGGGCUGAAAUAUUCCCAAUGUACACUUGAUGAAAUGAAUUCGUAGUCUUUAGUAUAUAAGUAAUGUCAUAUAGUUAUUGCCGCU